UUGUUCUAGCUGAGGUUUCCCGUUGUGGUGGCAUUAAGCAUGCGGUGGUACUUUCGUUGUUUGGAAGGCGGCUCUUGUAGCAGGAGUUUCUUGCAGUAUUUCCUGAUUUUUGAGGACAGUGACAGACAGACCCAAUCAGCAGGAACAUAUGGAUAAUUAAAGCUUCCAAAAAUGAGUCAUGAAUUGUUACCCUUCUUCUGGAAUCCACAAUUUGAGGAUGACAAAAGAAUCCAGCAAUGGAUUGUCUUAUUCUUACAUUUUGAAUCUGCACUGAGUGUCAGCUUGGUUUAUAUUCCCUGAAAAGCAAGUCAAUGCACAGCCUGACAAGAGGACAUGGGAUAUUGCUGUGCCUGGAACAACGAUCAGGUGUUUUGGCCACUUUCUACAUUGGGGAUGAGCAUUUGUGUGUUUUUUAAGCAAUAUCUCUGACUGUAUGCUCCAUGCACACCCACAGUACAAUGACCAGUUCUCAGGAGCCCCUGAGGUGGUCGUCUUCUACGACUGGGAUCACUAAGACCCUCAGUGAAAACAAAGAUUUCAGUGGGUUGCAUGGAGAACAUAUAUCCACUGGUUUUCAUUCUUCAUCCGAGAUUAUAGAAGAUGUACGAGACAAGAGCUUACUUCACAGCAAUGCAUCGGAGACCAUGAACAGCCCAGUUGUCACAACAGUAUUGAGCAGUGUAAGUGAGGAUUCCAGAGACCAGUUUGAAAAUAGCGUUUUACAGUUAACGGAACAGGAUGAAUUGGAAACUACUAUUCAUCAGGGCAACAAUGAUAAUAUAGGUGGAGGGACCAACAGUGGAACAGAUGAUAUCAAGAUCCAGUUCAACAGAUCAAGCAGUGGAAAUGGUGGAUUUCUUGAAGGACUCUUUGGCUGUUUGAAGCCGGUAUGGAAUAUUAUAGGGAAAGCUUACUCCACUGACUACAAGCUGCAGCAACAAGAUUCAUGGGAAGUUCCUUUUGAGGAGAUUUCUGAACUUCAGUGGCUGGGCAGCGGAGCACAGGGAGCUGUUUUCUUAGGUAAAUUCAGAGCAGAGGAGGUAGCCAUCAAGAAAGUGAGAGAACAGAGUGAAACUGAUAUCAAGCACUUGAGGAAGCUGAAGCAUCCUAACAUCAUUGCUUUCAAGGGAGUUUGUACUCAGGCACCCUGCUACUGUAUAAUAAUGGAGUACUGUGCUCAUGGACAACUGUAUGAAGUGUUGAGAGCAGGUAGGAAGGUCACACCUCACCUGCUUGUGGACUGGUCCACAGGGAUUGCUAGUGGAAUGAACUAUUUACAUCUCCAUAAAAUAAUCCACAGAGACCUCAAGUCACCCAAUGUAUUAGUUACUCACAAUGAUACAGUAAAAAUUUCAGAUUUUGGUACUUCUAAAGAACUCAGCGAUAAGAGUACAAAAAUGUCCUUUGCAGGGACUGUAGCAUGGAUGGCCCCAGAAGUGAUUCGCAAUGAACCUGUCUCUGAAAAAGUGGAUAUAUGGUCGUUUGGGGUAGUCCUGUGGGAACUUCUUACUGGAGAGAUUCCAUAUAAGGAUGUAGACUCCUCAGCCAUCAUCUGGGGUGUAGGCAGUAAUAGCUUGCACCUUCCUGUGCCCUCCACUUGCCCAGAUGGAUUCAAAAUCCUUAUGAAGCAAACAUGGCAAAGCAAGCCCCGAAAUCGCCCCUCUUUCCGACAGACUCUUAUGCACCUUGAUAUUGCAUCCGCUGAUGUGUUGGCCACCCCUCAGGAGACUUAUUUCAAGUCUCAGGCUGAAUGGAGAGAAGAAGUGAAGAAACACUUUGAGAAGAUUAAAAGUGAAGGAACUUGUAUACACCGGUUAGAUGAAGAACUUAUUCGUCGCAGAAGAGAAGAACUCAGACAUGCCUUGGACAUUCGUGAACAUUACGAGAGAAAACUGGAGAGAGCCAAUAAUUUGUAUAUGGAACUCAGUGCCAUCAUGUUACAGCUGGAGGUUCGGGAAAAGGAGCUUAUCAAGCGGGAACAAGCUGUGGAAAAGAAAUAUCCUGGGACUUACAAGCGUCACCCAGUCCGACCAAUAAUUCAUGCCAAUGCAGUGGAAAAAUUGAUGAAGAGGAGAGGAGUCUCCCACAAGUCUGGAGGUCAAACUAAACGGCCUGACUUGCUGAAGACUGAUGGCAUAUCCAGCACUGAAGUGGCACCUAGUGGCUCACCCCUUUCUGGAAGUCCCAAGAUGUCAGCACUCAACAGCAAAGGACGUUACCGAAGCAAACCACGCCACCGGCGAGGAAACAGCAAAGGCAGCUACAAUGAUUUUACAGGGAUUUUGAAAAACCAGCCAGCACAAGAUGACUUGGCCCAGCCAUCUCACCAUCAUCAGCACCACCCCCAUCACCAUGGGCAUCACCCCCGACUAAACAUCCAUGGACAAGAUAUAGCCAACUGUGCUAACAACCUUCGAUAUUUUGGCCCUGCUGCAGCCCUUCGCAGCCCUCUUAGUAAUCAUGCCCAACGAAGAAUGUCUGGUUCUAGCCCUGACCUUAUCUCUGCUGCUAUGGAAGCUGAUUCACGGAGAAAUCUGGAAGAGAAGGAGGAUGAGGAGGGCAAUGCUAAUCAUUGGGAAAGUUGUAAAGGAGAUACCUACAACCUCUGUCCACAGUGCAGAAUGGGGACAAACAGUGGAAACCAAGGACAAUCGCUUGAACCAGGGGCAGAGCAGUCUGAAGCACCAUCAUAUGCAAAUAUACAGUUUCCAGGAAAGAAUGUGGAAGGUGAAUUUAACAGCCACAGAUCAGUGUCAUCUCUUGGCUCCUCUCAUCUUGCAAACACUCCAGGACUGCCAUGUAAAACACGACCCAUCUCAAAGAGUGGCGAUGACUCUUCAGAAGAAGAAGGAGAAGUAGAUAGUGAAGUGGAAUUCCCACGAAGACAGAGGCCACAUCGCUGCAUCAGUAGCUGUCAGUCAUACUCCACCUUUAGCUCUGAGAACCUCUCCAUGUCUGAUGGAGAAGAGGGCAAUACCAGUGACCAUUCCAACAGCCCAGAUGAGCUGGCCAAUAGGCAUAAAGAUCACCGGGCUGAGAAGCUGGAUGACAUACUGUCACAAACUCCAGAAAUCCCCAUUGAGAUAUCUACCCAGUCUGAUGGCCUUUCAGAUAAGGAGAGUGCUGUCCGCAGGGUGAAAACGCAGAUGUCACUUGGCAAGUUAUGUCCAGAGGAACAUGGCUAUGAGAAUCCUGGAGAGUUUGGAGAAUCAGCUGGCGACUCUUCCGGUGGGGAAUGCUCUGAUGCAACUGUGAGGACCAGUAAAGCCUGCAGCUCUGCAACCUGGUAAUGAUGCAUCUCCUCCUUCAGUUGUUUUAUCAACUGGCAUUUUGAUUUCCCCCAAGAACCUCCUCUUCAUUCCUUCUCUGAGGAGGUGCAUCUCCACCCCAUCACCCAAAUGAUCUGCAAUAACUUGAAUCUUUGGAGAAAUGCUCUGAUGAAUUGGUUCUUCGGUGAGCAUUUCAAUCGCGAAUGGCAGGGAUGUAUUUUAUUGAAUAAUUGAGCUACUGUAUCAUAUUUUUUGGCAUUUUAACACUUUUUACUCUGAAGAGUGGACUAUAUCCAUAGACAAAAUAAUUGGCUGCGAAAAAAAAGUUCAGAAGACUAGCCAAUGAAGGACAAUAAUCUUUUUGAAUCUUAGAUGUCAUGCAUAACGCUAGGAUCAGAUGCUGCUACUUUGACAUGGGACCAGACCAUGUGGCUCUGAAAGACUGGAAAUAAAGGAAGUUAACUCAAUGACUUGGUCACAUCCAGUAAAGCAGUGGAUGAGGUUAUCUGUGAACAAAUGUCAUCAGUGUAACCAGUGUAACUUUUUCAAUAGGAAGGUGUUCACAUCACUGGAAAGGUAUAUCUUGAGACACUGCUCUCCUAGCAUGUGAGAGUGGGAGCUAAUUAUGUUUUUUUUUUAAUUGGCAUUUGGUUGGUUGUAACAUCCUGCUUGCUAUAUUGUAAUCUUGGCCUCUCUUCAGCAUUUUUCACCAUCACUAUGCCAUGUGAGAGCAGGAGAGUGGUUGGUGAACAGAGAAACAGAGAUGCUGUUGUGCUCACAGUUGCAUUCCUCUCCGUUCCAACCUGCCUUUUGUUUGCUUCCUUCAAUUAAAAAUAAAUCGAUCAAAUUCGUGAUGAAGAUCAAGAACUCGUAAGCCAUGGAAUGCACAUUCUGCACAUCUGGAGGACUCUCCUGAAAGAAGAAAUUUAACUGUUCCUACCAUAACUAAAACAUAAUAAGGAAGGAUUGUACUUGGAGGAUGCCAAGGGAAUAUUCUGGCCUGGAUCACACUAUUGGCCUCUACAGUUUGUCUGGUGGUGUUCUGGUAGGGAACACUGGCAACAUGUUAGGCUUGAUGAAGAAGUAACAUUGAAAUGUGAUGAGAAUGCCCUUCUUUUUGGGUCUGAGGGGAACCUAAGCCAUAUUUCCAUAUUGGUGAAUUCUGAACUGGAGAGGGCCCAAGACUAGUAAACAGGAUUUCACCUUCCUUCUGCAAUACCUCAUUCUUUCUAAGCAACUCACUGAGGUUUAAAAACAUGGCUCCUUUAACUGACAUGUCCAACAGGAGCAGAACAAAAACACUAAAAAGUUCUAAUUUGAUUGUAUAGCUGAAGUUUUGGCUGUGCCCCCAAUGUGUGUCUAGUUAAUUACAUUCAGGGAAGAAAGGUUCUUUGUCGAGUGUAAAAUUGUAUCCUAGCAGGAUCAAUAUUUAUAGUAGUGAGUAGCAGUUGCACCCCUUACCCUCCACCCCCAAAAUGAAGGGCAAAAAUGGGUUGCAUGAUGUCCUUCUGUUUGUUUACAUUUGAUGUGAUCUUUUAAAAAUCAAGUCUAGUGGCAAAAUGAAGGGAAAUUCUUAUAUAGAGAGCAGUAUUGUAUGAGUUAAAUUAUUUCACAUUUUAAAAUUCUGUAGCUGGACUACAUGGAUCUUAAGUUAUGUUAUUAUUUAUUUUAAUUUCUAUAAAUUAAAGGCAAGGUUUAUUGUAGCACAAUAUAUUGGUGGUCCCUGUUUAGUUGCCCCAUAGCUCCUUAUCCCAGGAGGAGUAGGAGCCAGGAUGUUUCCUUAAUGUUGUGCCAUAAUAACGUUUUUGUCGUGCUUAUCUUGCUGGAUGCAGUAGCCUACUUGGUGUAGGCCGGUAUCAGCAAGUUGAAGCAGUGCUGGGCUGCAUGUGCAUGGAGUGUGCAAUGGUUCGGGUGCAGAGCUGAGACAUCUUGACAUGCUUUAGCCUCCCAGAUGCAGUUCAGAAUGCUGAUUUAUCAAAAUGAAACAAAAAACAAAUAAUCCCUGUUCACUUGAGAUGAGUUUCAACUUCCCCUAAAGGCAAGAGUUCAUUAAGCUUAGUAUGCUGACGCUACACCACUGGUUCCCAAAUCCUUUCUCCCAUGAACCACUUGAAAAUUGCUGAGCUUCUCUGUGAACCAUCUCAUGAUUUUUCUGCCUGCUGUAGCAAUUGUAAUGCACUGUGCUAGGUGUAUGAUAUUUAAUUGUAUUUUUAUUGCUUUUGAUUUCUUCAAAUUGUAAUACAAUAAAAUACAAUAUAAGAAAUAAAAGAACCAAUAAAAUGCAAUUCAAAAUCAAUAUGGAUAUUUAAUAUAGACAUGCUGCAGACCACUUGCAUGAAGCUCACAGAUCACGAGUGGUCCAUGGACCAGAGUUUGGGAACCUCUGCACUAGAAUGAUCUGAGCUACAUUCACUCUGAAGGAAGUUCUGUCUGGCAGCUCAUGCUCUUGCCUAGCUUGAGGGUUAACGACUUUCUUUGGGGGGUCCUAUAGAUGCUGUUAAUUCCACAUCUAAAUAAAUGUCAUUCCUUUUGUGUAUGGACCAAGCUGAGGGAAAACAGGACAUUGCUUCACCUGUCAAAAAUACCACAAACCUUAUUCAGACACACAUCUUGGGUGUUUCUUUGGGAAGACUGUCCUCCUUUGCAUAAUUCAAACUGUAACAACUAUCAUACUGCCUUCAUUUAUUUGUCCUUUGAGUUUCACCCCUGUGGAUAAUUAUGCUGCUUUGUUAGUACUAACACAUUUGUGUUAUGGGUAUCUUACCCAAAAUGCUGUUGUCUAGAUUAUCUCUGUAUUGGUAAUUGUUUGCUUUACUAAUAACAUUUUCAAGCAAGCAGUUUGGUACCUCCCCCCCCCAGCAUAGAUACCAGUUUAACAGCUGAUGUGUUUGCUCAAUAGCCUGUUUUUUGAAAUAUGACAUGGUGAGGGGGAUGGUAUCAAGAAUGACAAAAAACUGCAUGUUGCUUUUCCCAUAUGAAACACAUAGUAUUGUUAGCCCUCUGCUAACUUUCUCCAACUAUCUCUCCUCUGAGGCAUUUUAUAUUAAUAUUUCUUGCCCUCCACAUACGCUUUAGAACUGUCAACACUGACAGGCAUGAGUUCUCUGAGGUCUUGGGCAAAGGAAUGUCUUGUGAUCUUUACUUAGAGGUAUUGAGCCUGGAGUCUUAUGUAUGCAAAGUAUGUGCUCUGCCACUAAAGUACCACCUCUCGCUAGGUCUCUACAUAAGUGAAACGUGUCUGAUUUAAUGGUCUCUUGUGUCUGUCAUUGGUUUCCUUUUGGUAUUUGCACACAGCCUGCAUCUGAAGAUGUCAUUAUGCACAAGGCAUUAUGUUGAGGGAAUACUUGAAAGUUUAAGGAAAAUUCAUUAAGAUGUGUCUUUGGCAAGCAGAGUCUCUUUCCCAUCAAUGUGUGCCCUGUGUUUCUUUUUAUUUUAAAGGAAAUCUAGUUUUGCUCUGAUCAUCCUAUCCCCAAAGGGCUUUUGAGAUUAAGGGGCAUUGUUUUAAGAAAGCGAAUGAAUUGGUGGUUUUAAAAAUGAGAUGUCAUAACUAGCAACUUGUGUUUGGGUGUGUCUAAUACUCAACUGCAGAACAUUCCAAUUUGUGACUUGUUCCAAUGAGAAAAUUCUUCCAGAAAUAUUUCUUUCCCCCCCAAAGUUGAACAGGUUUUGCUCAAUUGAGAGUCACUUAAAGAACUGAAAAUAUAAACAGAAAUACGAUUAAUAGGCCCAUCUCCAUGCUAUUUUGUCUUUUGUUAUCAGCUCUCAAUGUUAGGGUACUCCGAAGGGCACAAAUUUAUUUUGGUAAAUUUAGACAUUUUUAACAGAUAAUCUCAUAGCUACAGAGAGAUCCAAGUAGAAGGAAAACCAAGCUGAGUCAAGUUUUCUGAGUUAGAGAAAAGUAGUGGUACUGUUGAUAUAGUUAAUCUGAGGGCUGGGCUAUAUGUUAUGGCCACCAGCACAAUGGCCGAAAAUGCCAUACAUGUGAUGAAUUUUCUCCCUGCUGCUGCAAUGUCUAGGGACACUCACCACGUAAUGCAUUAUCAUCGUAUUGUGAGUUUCCUAGUUUAUGCUCCAUGUCAUUGACUGCUACAGGCAGAGCAAGUCAUGUGAUCAUGCCAUUUCAUGCAGGGAGGGCGAGAACUUGCCACAGGGAUGCUAUAGCAUGUAUCAUGUCCCUCAGCAGAGACAUGGUGUUGUACUAAUGUAUUACAAAAAUGCUGUACAUGUUGUGCCUCAAGAAGAUAGAAUUACUAACCCUAGAAUUUGGAUGGUGAACUGUGCUUCAAUAUUGGUUUAACAGAGGUGAGUUUUUAAAUGGUCAAUGUUCUCUUAGAGUAUGCAGGUUAUGUUUAAGUCUCUCUCUCUUAAAUGUGAGAGCUAAAUACUUUUUAAUGUGGAAACAGACUCUCAGGUAUUUGUGUGACUUUCGGCUCUUUAAAAGCCUGCUCUGUUCUGUAGGUCUAAUAAAAGGUACAGACUACCUACGUCUCUGGGAACAAUACUACACAGCACUAAAUAUUAAGAGACAUGGUCAGAACUAUGAUAGCUGACAAUACUGGUACAGAAAAGCACACACUGUAAUUGUCAUUUUCCCUAGACAGAAGUAUCAAAUUUACUGGUAGAAAGGGGUAGCCACCAUGUUUCUUCCACACAUUAUAUGGAGUUUGUGUUCAAGGAGCAAACAGCACAAGGAAUGCUUUCUUGGCACCAACAAAACAAAAUGGUGCAUUUUUGUUGAGGAUAGGAAAGUAAUCCAGUCUUUGUGUUAACACUCCAAUAGAAUCUUAGGGACUUUAAAGGAAUAGAUGGCCUUGUGCUGCAGUGUCUAGAUUUUGUUCUUAGAACUAAUUUCCCUUUAACAGAAAGCCAUACACUCAACAAAUCAUCUCAUUCAGAUUAAGCUAAAGUAUUGCCAUGUGUGCAGUCAUUGGUGCUCAACCUUCUUGCUGUGUUUUGACUUUUUGUGCAAGAGCAUUACAAUAUUAUAAUUGUCUGAUUAAGGGUUUGCCAAUAAUGGCAUAGCAAUCUUUAGUAUGUGUACAAUAAGCAAUGCAAACCAGAGACAACUUGAGGGAAGUUGCUUAAUAGGGUUAUUUUCACUAUUCAUCCUACAUUCUUAACAAGUGGGUCCAGCUAUGUCACAAUCAAGUGUUGUGGCUAAUGGGAGUUACUAGUUUAAAUGUCAUAUGAUAUGAAACAAUCAUUUAAUCUUCUUUGCUGUCUUUUCUCCCUACUCUAUGGCUUCCUGAAACAAACUUGAUUUUUUUGUUUUGAACAGUGUAUAAUAAUUGGGAACAAGACUAUCAAAACAGAUGCAUGGAAUAAAAAGCCAGUGUACCUCA